AUGAAUAUGAAGUCCAUCAUUUCUUACCUUCUGGUUCUCCUUGUUAUUUUUAAUGUCGUAAACGCACACUUCCAAUUGCAAGCUCCUAAGCCGAGAGGCUUCGAAGACGCUAAGGAACCAACUGCUCCUUGUGGUGGGUUUGACUCUGUCGGCAAUAUUACUGAUUUUCCUAUUUCACAAGGUCAAGCUACAUGUUACUUCGAGGAUGGUGAUGGGACACUUACCUUUUAUUACGCACCCACCCAAAAUUCCACUUUUAUUCAAAUAAUUAGUGUCAACUUGACGAGAGCUAACGCAACUAUUGGUUCUCAAGGUGUUCUUCAAGCUGUUUUCGCAUUAACUCCUGCUAGUGGUAAUGGUUCUUGGUAUCAAUGUGCUGACAUUAAAGUGACAGGCGAUACUAAGACUAAUUCUGCUGCUAAUGUUUCACCACAUAUUAGCGCAAUUACUCUUUUUAUUGGUUUUAUUUUCGUUUUUUACUUUUUAUAA